GCGGCCAUGGUGUUGAUUUGCACCUCGGUGCCUUGCGCGCUGCUGAUGAUUGGUUACACCAUCUAUGGACUGACUCAAGCCGGCGUCCAAGGGAUUAUGGGCGGGCUCAUGGGAUGGAUGGGAGUCAUGAGCUUGAUGGAGGCGCGCAACAUCUACAAGCUGCGAAAGGCGCGGCAGCUGCACACGCACCCAUUGUUCGAGGUUGCCAAGUCCUGGCGCAGAACGGAGAGGGAUGCCUUCGGCGUGGUGCAUCGGAUCAACCAAUCAGAUUUCGAUGAUGAGGCUCCGCUGACAACUGGAGGUUGGCGAAAUUUCUGCGGCCUCUUCAGGCGGAGUUCCCCACAAGGGCAGCCGCUCUUCGAAGAGUCCGGGAGGGGGAGUCGCUGCUGCUGCUGUCCGUGCUUUAACUUCGUCUCCUCUCCGAGCACAGUGGAGAUUGUGCCGCCGACAGCUGGCGCUAUAGCGCAGCAAAACGCGCUGCGUGCGCAGCGGGAUCAGUUCGUGCAGAGGAUGGAGCAACAGCGACUGGAGCAGGCCAGAUCUGUGCGUGACCUCACCGAGGAGCGCAGUCCAUCCUGA